AGGUCUCUCUCUCUCUCUCUCUCGCAAAUCUUUCUUUAUUUAUCUGAAUUCCAUCUUGCCUGAUUGUACCCUUCUCAUUUUUAAGGAAAGUUUAUAUACCUUAUUUGACUGUUUUGCUAAUAUUUCCUCUGCUGAAAGAAGUCAAAAAGAAAAACUAUGAAUGCAGUAAUGUGAAUCUUACAUAACUAAGACAUUUAGAGAUCAGAAAAAAAGACAUAAGGUUAUAAAAAAACAGGAAAUUACUAUUACUAUUACCAGACAACCAAUAUUUACUUGAACCACACUUGAUUUCGAUGUAAACUCGGGAUCCAUGCUAUUACUCGCAAACUGAUACGUCUACUAAUCAAAGUUUGACACUUACAAUUUUGAUUUAUUGCACAAAAAACACUAGAAUCAGAUAUAAAUUAUAGGAAUUAUUAAGUGAAAAACUCAUUAGGAUGUUCUGUUCAGUUGGUAAUUACCCCUUUAAUGUUCUGUUCUGGCGUCUUUAGUGAAAGCAAACAUGUUUGGAUCAUAAAUUUGAUCUUUUCUUUUCUUUUCUUCUGUUUUCAUUGUUCUCAUUUGCUGGAGUUUUACAGAUGUUAUUAGGUACAAGAACAUCCGUAUAAAUUAUAGAUUGGAAAUAAGUUAGAAGCCUUAAGUUCCCUUAGAUUCGAUGAGCAUUAGAUCCUUUCUGCAUCAUGGCCAAUUGAAGAUGGGUCGUAAACCUUGUUACGUAUUAAACUGGAAUCAGAAGUGGAGAAGUCACAGCACCAAGUUAAAAUCUGCAAGAAGGCAUUACCAGAAAGAAUUGCAGUUUUUAGGCACCUACAUUUUUCAUGUUCUGCUUUUUCAUUUUCUGUUAAAGCCCAAAAAAAUUAUAAGAUAGUACCACAAGAAGAAAAAAAAAAAGCAAUUUUGGUCUUACAUUACGAAUCGAAACUUUCUCCUUAGUCUGCUAUCAUUUAGCAAGAAAAUGUACUUAAAAAUUAUGACUUUGACUGUGGUGCCUGGUAUGCCAUCUCUUUUUUAACUAGGCAGAGGAGCUGAGAGGGAUGGCAGGUUUCCCAAGAGCAAAUGAAUCAGCUCAUAUUUCAAUUGAGAUGGAAAAUGGUAUGCUUGACCUGGUCAUGGACAAUAACGGUGAGGAAAUACCUUCCAUCCUUAAGCUCACUUACAAACACUUCAAGAGUUUUUUGACUCUAAACAAAUAUCCUGAUAACAUCUCCACAAAUGAGGUAAAGCAUUUUCCGGAUUUUUUGAGACACUGUCAUUUGCCUUCAUCACCAAAUGGGUGGCAGAAGCGUGAUCCAGCGAUUGAAUUCUCUCCGAGUGCAACAAGACUUCAUGAAGCUGGCAUCAAAUUUGAAGUGAAGAAAAACAGCAGCUGUUUAUUUGAUGUCGAGUUCACUAAUGGAGUUCUUCAAAUCCCAUAUUUGGAAAUAGAUGACUUGACAGAAACUUUGUUCCGAAACCUAAUCGCCUACGAGCAAUGUCACUGCAAAGAAAAGUACAUAAUCCACUACAUGGCCCUCAUCGAUAGCAUGAUCAACACUCACAAGGAUGUGGACUUACUAAUCCACCAUAGAAUUAUCACAAGCCGGCUGGGAAGCAAUGAAGAUGUGAUGAUGCUGUUCAACAAUAUCUGUAAAGAGUCUGUGUGCUCUAUUAUAUCUGUAUGA